GAGCCGUUGAAAAAGGUCCUUGAGCCAUGCUUUGCAUGUCGUCCACGUGCAAGGCCAACUGGUAGCCAAGUAACUGAUACAUGUCAAUUAGGCACCAAGUUUAGCGUUGUGUAAUCGAUCAGCUCUCCAACACCUGGAAGAUUGCCUUCGAAAAAGGGAUACAAGGCAUUGGUAAACUCAUCGUAUAACAAUCUCUCAAGUCUCUCAUCCUCUCUCUUUCUCCCUGGUGCUCUCAAUCUAAAACCUCAUUUAAUUUCCAGAAAAGGCCUUCAGCCAGAGCAUUAAUUGAAACUAUGGCUUCCCUCAUCGAACUUAGCUGCUUCUUCUUUGUGAUUGCUCAUUCCCUUCUCUUGCUUUCUCCGUUGGUGCAGGGUGCUGAUAAGGAUGAGGACAACCUUCUCCAAGGCAUUAACAGUUACAGAACCUCACUAAACCUGCCCGCCCUCGUCAAGAACGGUAAUGCAGGCUGCUUAGCAGAGCAAAUUGCUGAUGACAUGGAAGACCAGCCUUGCAGCAGUCCCACCAACGGAGCCAACAUUCUGGCAACCACGCCGACUCCGCUUGCCAAUCUUCCCAAGCACUUGAGUAAGUGCAAAAUCGAUGCCAACAGCACAUCAGCCGGAGUUAUUCUCCCUAUUUGUGUGCCUCAUUUGGUCCCAACUCUGGUGCUUACCAAUUAUACUCACCGACCGCAGUUCGCAGAGUGUCUGAACGAUUCGAAGUUCACUGGAGUUGGGCUUGGAUCCGAGGAUGAUUGGAUGGUGGUGGUUUUGGCCACAAAUAACCCAGCUGGAAGCUUCGCUAAUGCAGCAAGCUCGUUAGUUUCAACUGUUGGUUUUGGUCGUUUCUUGGUCACCUUUUUGCUAGGGUUGUGUUUUAUCUUGGUUAGCUGAAGUUGUGUUGUGUGUGCCAAAAUAUUUGAAAUUUGGUAGUUGUGAACUAGCUAGGGAUUCCAAUUGUAUGUAAUGGCUGAACUACAUUAUGUUUUCACUUCAUGUAGUGUUAUUUGCAUAAAAUAUGUGCAAAGCAGAAUAAAUUUA